UCAAGGGGCCACUAACACACCAUUAAAUAUGACCAUAGAAGAAGAGUCCCUAUAUUUAUGUGAUGGCGCAGAAACGGAAGUACAAACAGAAGACUUCCGGGUGGUUUACAUAUUAACAAUGCAACAGCGGGAGGAGAAGCAGCUGGAGGUGGCGGUGGAGUCUCUCAUCUCCCGGGUGGCUCACGUUAAAAACGCUCUGAACAUCUUCAUCUACAAGCUGGAGAAUGAGUACGACCGUCUGACAUGGCCGUCUGUUUUGGACAACUUUGCCCUCCUCUCCGGUCAGCUGAACACCAUCAACAAGCUGCUGAAGAACGAGAAGACUCCAGCUUUCCGGAGUCAGGUCAUAAUCCCGCUGCUCCUAUCUCCAGACAGGGAUGAGGAUUUAGCUAAACUCACAGAGCAGCGGGUCCCGGUGUUCAGUCACGAGAUUGUGCCGGAUCACUUGAGGACGAAGCCCGACCCGGAGGUGGAGGAGCAGGAGAAGCAGCUGAGUGCCGAGGCGGGCCGGAUUGGUCAGGAGGUGGCUCAGAAGCAAAUCCAGGCUCUGAACAAGCUGUGUUCCAACAUCCUGGAGAAGCUGAACAACCCUCGAGAGGACAGGGAGGCUGAAGCUUCUGCAGUGCGGCAGAACAAGGCGUCCUUCAACCCCACUGACACCAGUGCCUUGGUAGCAGCUGUGGCUUUCGGGAAGGGACUCUCCAAAUGUAGACCACCUGGCCCUGUGGCCCCCGGCCACCCAGGGCAGGGGCCCAUGAUGAGUGGAGGCCCAACGCUGCAGCAGGUCACUAUUGGUGGUGGUUCAAACCAGCAAGCAGGUAUGGGAGGACCUGUGCCUCCCCAGCAGCAAGGACAGACUGGAAAAAUGCCAAGCAGCAUCAAGACAAACAUCAAAUCUGCAUCGGGUUCCAUUCAUCCUUACAACCGAUGACCCCCUCCGCCCGCCUCCCUGCAGCAUGGAUUAAGGAACAUCUGCAGUCUGCUCUCAACAUCCCCCUGUGAAGCUCUCUUUACAGCCACUAGGUGGCAGCAUGUGAUCCUUUAUAGCUGAACAGAACCUGUUUUCAAUAAAACCCAGAAAAGCA